AUGGAUGAAAAUCGCCGAGUUGCGAAAAAAUCCAAUCAAAAAUUACCCCCACCAAUUAGCCUUAGUGAUUCUGAUUAUGGGGACUCUGUUUCUCUUUCAUCUAUUCAUGAAACGAAAAAUAAACGGAAUCAAGUUUUAGAAUAUGAGAUGUUAAUCAAAAAUUCGAAUAUGCAAGUUGAUAAUAUGAAAGAGCAAAUACAAAAUCUUACUCAAAAUUUGAUUGAUCUCUCAUCAAAAGUCGAAAAAAUCAUUCCUGAAGAAAUUAAAACGGCUGUACCUAAUCUCGGACAGUCAGAUUAUGUAAUUAGUGUUGUACAACAUCUUUCUUCUCUUUAUAUAGCUAAAACAUCAUCACAAUACACUUCAUCUGUAAUUCAAAAACUAAAUAGCGAUAAUCAAUCAAUAAUUUUGCAAAAUGAGCAAUUAAAAUCCGAAAAUUCACAACUUAAAGCUACAAUUGAGGCACUUCAUGCUUCCGAAAUGCAACGUAACAGAAAGAUUCAAGAAUCAGAAAGAGUUAGAUUGGAAGUUUUACGAGAAAACGAAGCAAAAACUAAACAAAUCAACAACAUUGAAGCAGAGCGUGUUAGUAUCAUUCGAAGACUUACAGAAGAACUCAAAAAGAAAGAUGUAACAAUUGAAAACAUAAAAAGAUCGAAAUUUGGAAAACAAAUUCCCACAAACAUACCAGAAAUAGAUCCGCAAAGUACAGUCAAAACAGAUGAGCUCAUGAAAUUCAGCGUUAAACAGUUACAAGACCUCCUAAAAGAAGCUCAAACGAAAGAUAUCGAAAAAGAUAAUCGAAUCAAGAGCUACGAAAGCAAUUUGCUGCAACUCCAAAAUGAAUUAAAGAAUAACAUGAAAACAAUUUCUGAUCUAAAACAAGUAAUUGAAGAGAAAAACAGAAUUAUUUAUAAUUUUGAGACAAAACAAACAGAAAACAAAAAAGAAAGCGCUUCAUCGCUUUCCAAUGAGUUACAAGCAACCAAACGGCGUCUGAAUGAAGUUUUAAAGCAAUUGGAAGAAUGUCAAAAACAAUUACAAACUCAAAUCAACAAACCACAGACAAUUGAUGAAACAAACAAGCUCAGAUCAACGAUAAUUGAAAAAGACAGUGAAAUACAGAACUUAGGAGAAUCCCUUCAUUUGCUAUCAACAGAAAAAGAAGAAAUUCAAAUGAAAUAUGAAAGAAAAUUACAAAAAGUGACAACAACUUUACAAAAUGAAAAACAAAAGAUAACGAAACAGCUGAAUGAUCAAAUUUUGCAGCUAAAGGCACAGUAUUCCCAAGAAACAAUUAAAAUGAAGAACCAAAUGAAAGAAGAAAAUUUGAAAUUAACUCAAUUUUUGGACGAAGAAAAACAGAAAAAUAAAAAUUUGAUGAAAAUCUUUAAUGAUCAAAAUCCAAGAGAAAUUGUUGAUGAAUAUCAUUACCUAAAGGAUGAAAGUAUUGCACAAAGCCAGAAGAUUAAAGAAAUGUCAGAAGAAAGAGAAGAUUUGCAAUCAACAAUUUUGGACAUUCAAAAAACUUUACAAAAUACAAAAGUGACACUUUCACAAAAAGAAAUCGAAAUCAAUGACAUGAAACUCCAAAUGCAGCAGAUGACAAGUGUCAAUGACUUCAAGGAAGUUGUUUUGGAAAAGCAAGAAUUAGAGAAAACACUUGAAGAAAGAGAAAACUUCAUAAAAAGUUUACAAAGUCAAAUUUCUUCUCAAAUUGAUGAAUGCAAGACAAAACUAAAAGAUCAAAACACGAAAUUGGUUGAGAACUUAGCUCAAAUAAACACAAAAUUAGAAGAAAGGGAAACCAAACUCCAAAGAUUACAGAGUUGUUUGAUUGAUGUUGAAAAACAAAAUCAAAAUCUCAAAGAAAAACUCAGAGUUUCAUUGGAAGAGAACGUUAAAUUGGGCAGUGAAAUAGAAAAACUCAAUAAGCAGAUGGAGAAUACUAAUAUAGAGAUUGAAGUUAAUAAUGAUGCAAUACUAGAUUUGCAUCAAACAAUUGAUAAAUUAACAAAAGAAAAAGAAAAUUUGACAAAAUUGAAUGAUGAAAAUUUGGCAGAAAAAGAGAAAAUGAAAAAGUCUCUUAAAAAGAUGGAAAAGAAAUAUGACAAACUGCAAUCAUCGAUAUCACAAAAAGAGAUGCAAUUAAGUGAAUUACAAGAUACAAUUGAAAAAGUGAAAACCGAAAAAUCUUCUCAAAUAAAUUCAUUGAUCAAAAAAGUUGAAGAGAAAGAAAACCAAAUCAGAGAGACAGAGAACACGCUAAAAGAUAUGCAGAUGAGCCAAACAGUUAUUGAACAGAACCAUCAAAACGAAAAACAAUUGAAUGAAAACAAAAUUAAAGAAUUUGAGAAAAAAGUGUCAAAAUUAGAAAAAAUUGUUUUCAAAUUAAAGGAUUAUAUCAAUAAUCUACAAAUAGAGAAAGAAAAAUAUGAGAAUAAGUUCAAAGAACUGAAGCAAAUUGCUAAGAACCAGAUGCAAACAUCAUUAGAUUUCCAAAAUGAAUCGGAGAAAAACAAAGAAAGUCGUUUGACUUCCGAAAUGGCUUUUCAAACAUUAUCAAAGAAAUACAAUGACUUGCAAUCUAAAUAUAAUGAAAGAAAUAAUGCUAUAGAUACUCUUUCAAAAGAUUUAGAGUUAUUAAGAAAUCAGGUUUCGGAGAAAAAUGUUCAAAUUCAAACUUUGAACUCAAAGAUAGAAAAUCAAGAUGAAAUGAAGCAUGAGAUACUUAAAUUACAGAAUAAACUACAGACAUUCAUCGAGAGUAAUGAUAAGAACCAAAAAGAAUUAGAAGAAACUAAAAAUAAAGUAAACGAAGAAAAAGAAAAAAGUGAAAAAUUAAAAUUAGAAACAGAAUCAAAAGAGAAUGAUUUGAUACAAAAGAUUAAUGAGCUAAACUUAACAAUUGCUUCUUUAACAGAGCAAACAAAGAAUCCUCCUGUAGAAUUCACCAAGAAAAUGACAGAAUUGGAGUUAAUCAAUAAAAAAGUUACUGAAGAUUUAACGAAAAUCAAAGAAGAAAGUGAGAAACAAAAAAGAGUUUUGAAGAGGGAAAAUGAUGAAUUGAAGUCUAUCAAUGCGGAUUACAAGAAACAAAUAAUUGAUUUAUCAAAUGACGUUGAUUUGAAUGGAACUAAUUUCGAAAAUAAAUUGAGUGCAAAAGUCAGAGAAAUCCAAGAUUUAAAGAUGAAAAAUGAAAAUUUAAUGAAAACAUUAGAAGAUUUAAAGCUUAAUUAUCAAGAACAGAAAGAGAAAUUGGUAUCAGAAAACGCAAGUUUAACAUCUAAACUUGAAACAAAUCAAAAUAAUUUGAAUAGUUUGACAACAAAAGAAAAACAAAUUUCUGAAGAAAACAAGAAACUUUUGACUGAAAAUGGAGAAAUUAAGAAUAAAAUCACUGUCUUAACUAAACAGAAUGAAGAAUUAAAUGACAAUUUAUCAAAAUCUAAGGAAAGUUUUGAUAAUUUGAACAACGAAUAUCAAGAGUAUAAAAGAACAAAUAACAAACAAAUUGAUGGAUUAAAUCACCAGAUAAAUGACCAGAAAGUCGAUAUAAUGAAUCUUUCUAAAGUCAUUGAGAAGAAACAAAAUAAGAUACAAGAGAUGAAGGAAGUGAUAAAUCAAAGCGUAAAUAUCAAGGAUUUCGAAAAACUUAAUAAAAAAUAUUUGGCCGUCAAAAAUUUGUAUGAAAAAUCAGAAAAGAAAGUUUUAUCAACAGCAAUUGACCAAGGAACAAUAAGAGAACAACAGAUGUCAGAGUUCUUGUCAAAAAUAGAAACCCAACAGAAAGAAAUCGAUGACUUGAAAGACAAAAUCCAAAACAAAGAAGAUUUUAUUCGAAAAUUGCAGAGACAAAUUGCAACAGAUGGCCAAAAAUUGGAAGAAAUAACUUCUCAACCUUUCGUUCCUUUGAUUGAAUUAACUAAUUUGAGGCAAGAAAUGCGCGAAAAAGAGAAACAACUCAAUGAAUCACUUGCCAAAAUCAAAUUUUUGGAAGAAAAGAAAGCAAAUGAUAAAGCGGAUUAUGAAGUUGAAAAAGCAAGAUUUGACAAAGAAAGGAAAUCACUUAAAGAGCUUGUAGAUAUGAUGGCAAAGAAAGUAGACACAUUAAAUAGUGUUACAACUAAAAUGACUGUAUUCCAUUCAAUGUUAACUAAUCAAAACACAAUGGAACAAAACAGUCAAACAAUUCUUGAAAUACUGAAAAGUCCUUUGAAUGAGUUGUUCUCUCAUUUCGGUCUUCAGGAAAUAGAAACAUUAGGGCGCGUAGUAACAUUAACAAUAAGUUCUGUGAAUGAAGAUUUCGAUGAAAAACCUUAUGUCGAUGAAAAAAUCUCCAAAAAGAUCGACGAAGUACUUACUGUUAUUGAUAAUCUUCUAGUUAAAACAGUGAACUUGAAACCUAUUGAAGGGGCUUCACCUUUGUUAAAACUCACUCAGAUUUCAGCAAGAUUGAAACAAAUUUCAUCAACAAUGGUUGAUAGAGAUUCAUUAAUUCAACGAAUGUCUAAACUAGUUGAAAGUCAACAUCAAGCUGUUGUUAGAAUAAGCGAAUGUCCAAAAGAUGAAACAAUUCUCAAACUGUCAUCUACAAAUCUCGAAGAAAGCAAUAAGAUUCUGAAAGAUAUCGCAAAGUGCAAAUAA